ACUUAGUCCCAUUGCAAUUCGAACCUCACUGGGCCAACCUCAGCAUCUUAUCUUAAUACCAGUGGCACACCCGUCACUUCUUAUCAGACUUUGAGCCAGACUGGACGGGCUCUGAAUCUGGUUUCGAACUUGCUGGUGGAAUAACAGGAGCUUUUGGAUGCGGCACCAGCUUUACAUUCUGGAAUUUUUUCUUGGAGAACUUGACAUAUCCAUUAGGAUAGCAAUGCGCCGACGUUACACGCUGUCCAGCGUGAUUAUAAAGCUCCACAGAUCCAUGAUAUGGGUCAUCUUUUGCAGGCGUUGGAUGAGGGUUACCGCUAGCAUCAGUCAGCUGGGUCGUUGGCAAUGUCCAGGAACAUGGUCGACGCUGUCAUUGAUUUGUUCCAUCAGCCAAGUUACAUCUACCGUCGUUCCUUUCAGUUUCCAGUCAAGCUUCUUCAUCUGGCGAGCACUGGUUGAAAACGCUCUAGACGCCAUACUUGAUCGAUCACAUGUUCAGAGGCUUUACGAACAGAAGAAAAGUAACUAAUAUGCCGAUAAACAGUAACAGUGAGGUAUAUUUUGAAGGCUUGAUUGAGUUACAAAAGAGAAGUUGGAGCUGGUUGACUUGCCCUUUAUAUGUGCACCUCGUAUAUGGUAAUUUUUUUGCGCCCAUCUUUAAUUGUUUCAGCGGGAUAGCAAGCCUCUCAAUCCAUUGGGCAAGAGUAAAGAACACGAAAUGACUUGCUCCGCUACAGCGCUUAUUAAAAAGUCGAAGAAUGCCUGGGUUGCAAAUUGUGGUUUACGCACUCUUGCUCCAAACCGAUAAUACAGCAGUAUGAGUGGAUCGAGAAUUAGACACUGGCACAAGAGUCUAGGGUUUACGCAGAAGAUAUCACGGUUCACAUCUUGGCGGCGCUUACUUCGUCCUGCUAAUGAACCUGACCAUGUCGCUUUUGGGUGGCUCGAGCGGAAGCCAAGCAGACAAGGCUCGAGUCUGUACCAAGCUGUAUGGGGAUAAUCCGCAGUGUCAAUUUUGUCCCAUUAUGUACCACUUGCGAUUUAUCUGUAAACUAACUAGUCCCACUUACUGUAUGGUUACUGGGGCUGAAACGCAUGUUCACAAUCCAAUUUAAAAGGGCAGUGCCCAUAGUACCAUUUCUC